UUGUUAAUGUCUAAUAUGGCAAUAUAGCGGAUUUUAUGUUUGUUGUGAUUAUUUAACAAGGUGUCUUUAUAAAAGGAAAUAGAAGUAUCCAUCAGAAUGUCCUCAGAAACUGUUGCAAAGUCUGUUGGCAAAAAAUUGCGAUAUUACUUUGAGGUGAAACGUUUAGAAGAUGGGUUUGACUUGUCUGGUGUGAAUGCCCCUCAGUUGAAUCACCCACCACUAAAAUCUCGUCCCACACUACAAUAUGAUGGUUUACAUGACAGAGCACUCAAACAUUACUUCAGUCAACCAGAAGUGAAAACCAGAGUUACACAAAUGCACCCGCUGGAUGGAGAUCUUAGAGAAGAAGACCUAAAAAGGCUAUUGAAACGCUACAUGUACAAGCAUAGGUUUAUUCACUCCAGUAAUAAUGCUAACACUAAUCAAAAGUCUCACAACAAACUGAAUGGAUCUGGUGUUUACAUGAAGAAAUAUGAUUACCAUGGCAACAGGAUACAAGCAUGGCAACCAGCACAGAAUAAGCAUCCCACAAUGCCUCAGUGGAUGUACAGACAUCAUCCUAAAGAGGGUAAAGCAAUACGACCUGAGCUUAUUGGCUUUGGUGUUGGCCUCAAAUCAGAGAAACACAAGCAAUUCAAGGGAGGCUACCCAUUGAUGAGAAGUGUACCAAGUAGUAAAGUGACCAAGGGAGAGGCACACAGGUUGAUAGAUGUUGCUACAAAAAUACUUGUUGCUACAGAAAGAGUUAAUGAUUUACAGUCACGACCUGUGACACCAAAAUCACGUCAGACUGCUCCAAAGCCAUUUGAGACUGAUAAGCUCCUGCCAGGAGACAAAGAUGGGAAGAAAAAGACGCGUCCAUCUACUGCCAAAUAUACAUGGGACAUCCAUGGGCGGAGACAUAUAAGGGUAAAGGAAAAGGAAGAAAACGAGAGGCGACCUCAGUCUGAGAAAGUGAACCUGUCUUAUGAUGACAGUUUUAUUCCUGAUUGGGUUAUACAUAUGGCUAACGGUCAUGGAAUAAAAAGGCGGCAACAACAUGAACGAGAACCAAGAUCCAAAACACCUGAACCAAAACCAUCGCCACGACCGAAAUCUGCCAAAUACCGACAACGAGAUCCAGUUCCUCCGUCACCACCGAGACCUACAGUGAUUAAUGUACCGGAACGGAGAACCGACGAGGAGGAUGUGGUUGUGAACAGUGAGACACAGACAGCAGAUAAUGUUGGUAUACAGACUGAGAAACGACUGCUGGAGGAAUAUGAUCAUAAUGAGGAUGAGGUAAAAGAUGGACCAUGGUGUGAGUACCAGCUGUAUGUGAGGACCGGGGACCGUGUGGGUGCAGCAACUAAAGCUGAUGUCAGGGUAACUCUGUAUGGUGAAAAGGGAAGAACUAAAGAAAUGCUUUUAGGGAAAUCUUCAAGAAAUAAAGUGAAAUUUCAGAGGGGAAAGGAAGAUGUCUUCCUAUUUCCAGCACAUCAUGUUGGAAAACUUCGUAAAAUCAAAAUAGGACAUGACAGACCAGAAAUGAGCUAUGCUUGGUACCUUGAUGGUGUGUCAGUGUAUGACAUGAAUGAUAAACGUAUUUAUGAGUUUAAAUGUGACGGGUGGCUGUCGGGUAAAAAUGGAAACAGGAAAACAUACAAAGAUCUGAACCUGGAUUGUGAACGGGCAUUUGUAGAAGCAUAUGAUGAUAUAAAAGGAAGAUCUUCACCUAAAGCUGGUCGUGACAGAAGAAUACAUGACAAUUCUACCGACAGUAAAGCUUCAAAAGAUGAUAAACGUAGUUUAGAAUCUUUGAAAGGUAGUCGAGGAGAGAGAAGGGACAGUGACACAGAUUCCACAACAUCUUAUAGCUCCAGUUCUGACUCAUCCUCAAGCUCAGAUAGCAGGAAUAGAAGAGGACGUAAAACUCCCACAUCUCCGAAGAGAUCAAAAACACCAACAAAACAAAGGGAGUUAACUCCACCUAAAAAGACUCAGAAAGAUGAUUUCUUUGACAGUAAAAGUGCUGGUCCUACAUUUACAUUCAGAAGUUACGAUCAGGAGGGACAUACAGCUGAGGAAGAAUAUCUCUCAGGAUAUAAGGCUGGUUUAGAAGCAGCAUCGGCAGAGAAGAAGCAUGAACAUGAUGUUGAGGAAACAGAACGUAAACAGGUAUUACAGGGUCCAACUAUACAUGACGCAGCACGAUCAGGGAAUCUAGAGAGGAUGCAACAUCUCAUUAACUAUUUCCCAGAGAUGAAAGAAUCUAAAGAUGAAACAGGAUUAACUCCCCUACAUAUAGCCACACAACAGGGUCGACUAGAAAUAGUAAAGUGGCUGACAGCUCUUACUAUAAACUUGAACACAGAGACACAGACAGGCUAUACUGCUAUACAUCUUGCUGCAAUGAAUGGACAUCUUAACUGUAUGAUUGUACUUGCUGCUAUGGGUGCAACCUUGACCUGUAGAUCAGUUGACAAACAGACACCACUUCAUGUAGCAGCAAUGAAUGGUCAUUUAGAAUGUGUGAAGUGGUUGAUAGCCAACCGUUCGAGUCUUUCAGCAGAAGACCAGCUAGGUCGAACACCACUGGACCUUGCGGAGGAAUACCAGCACCAGGAAGUGGCAACCUUUAUACGCAAAUGUAUUGAUGAGUCACAUGAUCCUAACAGCAGUCUUCAUGCAUUGAGGACAAGAAAAGGACUGGAUCCCAUACAAGAAGACAGAUCACAUGAGAGAAACCUAGACAAUAUGUGGCAAAAUGAUACUAACCCGGAUUCAUCGAGGGCAAAUGCAGGCAGCCAGAGUGAAGGUAGAAAAAACAAUGUAGCACAAAUAAAGAAAGAAGAACAUAACAAAGAAAUAUUGCAAGAAAGCAUGGAGAAGAAGAGGCUUUAUGAAGAACAACAACAAAGAAUGGAAAGAACACAUACAUCAUUCCUUGACAGUAUAAGAGAUGAGGCAUCACAAGAUUGAGCUGUAUAGUUUAAUACCAUACUGAAUGUUGUACAGUUACACGGUCAAUAGCUCAAAUGUCCCGUCAUUGUUAUCCACUUUCUAUUCAAAACAAAUUUAAAUGUUUAAUUUCAAACUUACAUAGACUUCUACUGCCUACAUUUAUGUAGUUCCAUGACUUUGCUUUGAAUGAUCAUAGAUUUUGAACAAAAUGUAAUUUGUAAAUGUGGAUGACUACAAGUCUAAUAUUAGGUUUAAUGUUGGAUUUAGUACACUGAAUUUGGCAUUAUCUACUUGCUUGUUUGUAUUGUUAUUAUUUUGACAUAUUUGUAUAUUUUGCGCAAAGUUUCAUGACUAAAAUUUGAUGUAAAUACAGAAGACAUCUUCAGAAUUUAUGUGAAUACUUGUGACAUGUAAUUGUAUUAUUACAUUACUCACCUUUCAGACUGUUUCAUUAUUUUACGCAACGAUUUUGGCCUACUUGCUGUUUAUUGACAAUAUUAAAUGGUAUAUAACUUUUCAUUGGUUUGAUUUGUUCAAGUUUACAAUGUAUAUAUUGAUAUUAGUUAAGCAUAGAUUUAGGUAAAUGCUGCAUUUAUUUAUUCAUACUGUAGUUAAGUGAUAUGACCUUUUAUAAACUGAAUUCUAUGAAAUAUUCAGAAUUUGAAUAUUUUUUAUAUGUAUUAAGAAAUGAUUUGUUAGUGAAUAGUAAUUGUUAAGUCAUGAAUAUUUCAUAGUAAGAAAUAUAUUGAUUUUCAAUGUUUUAUUGGAAUAAAACCAGUUGCUGGUAAACUGAAGAAAGAAGAAUUUUUGUAUCUAAACAUUUCUAAAGUAAUUCAGAAGUAUGACAGUCAUUAGAUUCUAUAAAUAAUGAAGUAAAAUUUGGCAUAAUUAUCUUAUCAUUUUACAAACACAGGGAAAAAUUCUAUGUCUUUUGUGUAGUUUUUUCAUGCAAUACAUGAUGUUUCAUCAAUACAUAUAUGUCACUAUAGUUUUAAAGAUGAAGUAAUGUUCCUACCACUAAGCAAAGGCCUUUAUUUGCAGACGAAAGUUCUGCUGUAGCUGUGUGUAUGUUGUAUGUAUGAUAUAUUAAGCAAGCUCUUACAUCACUUUAUUGAAUUAGUAACUUAGUCUUGCCCAUGUUCCUUGCUUGAUACUAGUAAAGGAUAGUUUCUACAUAAUUUGGUCAAGUGACAGUUGUUGAUAAAAUGCUGUGUUGCCUGUAUGUUUAUUGAGAUUUACCUUGAUGAACUCUUAAUGACUUAGAGGGUAGCCUGGAACCCCGUUGUAUCGAUCUAUUUACCCAUAAAUCACAACUGCAUUUAAAAAAUUCAAAUCUCCCUGAAUAUUUAUUUUGUAUCAUUUAUUUUGACCCUUUUGCCAUAAUAUUUACAUGGCAAACAUCACUGAUAUAUAGUUUUUAACUUUGGAAUAUACGGAUAUUUACAGACAUGUUGAAGAAUUAGGUCACGCCAUUAUAUCGAUGCAUUGUGAGAAUCGCUCAGUUAGCCAAAGUUUGGGAAGCCUGAACCAUCUCUAUGUUAGAUUUUUCAGUCAAUUAGAAACAUAGAUGUCUUUUUUAAAAUGUCAGCAUAAAUUUAGGAACUUUUAACAGACAGUAAACGUACUUUUAAUAAGAACACACUAUUUAUAAGUCUAUUUAUUAUCUACAAUUAACGUCUUACGGUACUGGAAACAUGUUUUUGAUCAUUUUACUGCACAAAAAUAAAUACGAAAGAUUUUCGUGACACUGUUGUAAAUGUUAACAAUCAGUAGGUGACGUAUUUUGCAAAAAAUCUGAAGAUUUGUAAUUAGAUCAAUACAAUGAAUAGCACGAUACAAUGGGGUUCCACUAUAUACAGCCAUAUAGAGUUGUGUGUGUUAUCACCAAAAUAACAAAUAGCAAAAUUGUUUGUAUAGUAAUGAGAAUUAUACCAAAAGUAUUUAAAUUGAAUGAAAUUUGUCAAUUUUUAAGAAAUUAAAAAGUAUUUUCACAAAUUCCGUCCCCUGACAUUCUUGUUACUGUUACCAGUAUGAUGGUCAUGCAUGUUAUGUAACAGAGUCACUCUUUGUUAAUAAUCUUUUCUCAAAUAACAUGUUUGAACAGUUUAGGAUUUACAUUUUGCCAGUUACAGCUUUAUACCCUUGAAGGUGGAUGCAACUGUGUGAUUGAUGAAUAACUGAUUGUUUUAAACUUGACACAAUGUCUCUGUGAUAUUUAUUUUAGAUGUAGAUCUAUCUUUAUAAAAUAGUUUACAUAUGUUACUGAAACUGUUAAAAUUUGUUGUUAUUUUGUUGUAUUUUUGUAAUCAUAUUCCAUUUCAUAUUUGUAGUUUAAUUUGUGGCUUGUUGUUUUUGUUAUAAUACAUGUAUAUUAUAGAUGAAGAUGAUUAACAUGUUGACAAUGGAUGGAGCAUGUACAUGAAACUGGGACUAAUUCUUUUCGUUUGAAAACAAGUUUAAGUCAAAAAAAGUUAAUAAAAUUACAGUUAAUGGCAAUAUUAAAAAAAUAUAGACCAGCUUAUUUUCAUGGCACCCUCUGAAUAGUAAGAGUAGUCACCCAAAUGUCACAUCAAUUCUAGCAUCUAGAAUUCAUACACAAAGGGCCACAUAAAAAUCCCAUUUUUUAAAUGUCAUUCCAAAAUUCUUCA